GCAUUUUGGGAAUAAUAGUGAAAUGGAGGUGCCCGUAUGGCAUGCAUGACUUUAUACAUGUCAAAGCUUUAAAAAGUGAAUUUCAAUUUGUCUAUAGUUAAUGAACAGCUACAAAUGCGUCCCUUUGUUUUGUAUUUAAUUGUAUUAUCAUAUUAGCUUGACGAAUAUAAGGUCAUAAAGACGUGCAACGCUUCAGGUGAGCCAUGUCUCUGUUGAGAGGGUUGCUGAAGGCUGGGGUGUCUCUUUACCACUCCACACUACAAACAACCAGACAGAUAAGCACUGGUGUGUGCUGUCCAGUCCGUAUGAAUGCCAUUCCUGAGCUGAAGAAGGUGGACAGGUGGACUGAGACGAGGAGCAUGUUUGGGGUUUAUGACAACAUAGGAAUUUUUGGUGACUUUAAAGCCCACCCUAAGGACCUGAUCGUCGGGCCGGUCUGGGUGAAGGGUUUCCGUGGCAAUGAGCUGCAGCGUCUGACGAGGAAGAAAAGGAUGGUGGGAGACAGGAUGAUGACGCAGGACAAACACGACAUGGAGAAGAGGAUCCGCUUCCUCUACCGACACUUCAACCGCUUCGGGAAACAUCGCUGAUCUGAUCUGGGACUGAGCGGUCUGGCUAACAAUGCUAAACUACUACUGUACUAACAACCCGCCCACUGGACCAUAUACAGACUCUAAAGGGAGAAACGUGCGCUACUCAGUUGUGCCACUUAGAUGUAUAUUAUCCCCUCAUUUUCACCAUUUGUUAGUCAUUCCUUUUCUUAUAUCCAUAUUGGGGUAAUGGGAAGUUGAUUGCACAUUUAAAAAAAAAUCAAAGACAGCUGAAAAAUGUUGGAUUCAUUUAGUAUUGUUGUUAGCACUAAAUCAACACGAAUAACUGUAAAAUACAUGUUUGGAACCAAUAUGAACUCCUAGAAGUGGAAAUAUACACAAAUGUUUGAUGCUCUAUGGUCUGUAAAUAUGAUCACUUUGGGGACUAAUGUAAGUCAUGUUGUGGGUGUACCAUGUGUUGUGUGAGAUGACAAUAAACAGAAGCUUGUCAUUA